UACUGUUGGUGGUCACGUGGCGCGGAUAUGAGCGGCAGCUGUAGUGCGUCCUUUUGCCUUAUAGUUGUGCAAGUUAAGAUUUCUGUGACCUUCUGAGAAUAAGCCACUUGUAUUAAUUGGACCAUUCAGACAUCUUACUUUCAAUUGUUGAAGAGAAUGUCCUCGCAAAAAGUGGAGCUGGCAAGUUUUGCUCUCACAUAUGUUGCACCUUAGUAGAAUCACAUUCCUGAGUGAUUUCUACAACUGAGAACAUCUGGAAUUUAUUAUGCAACUGAAUGCAUAUCACCUUGCUUGCAAGUACAGCCUGUGGUGCUGUUCUGUUAGCAGGAGGCUCUCAACAAGUAUUUUAAACAGAUUCGCUGGAAGCACUUACUACACUGUACUUGGAGUUAAGCAAGAUGCCUCAUUUAAACAGAUAAAAGAUGCAUUCGUAAAGAAGUCAAAAGAGAUUCAUCCAGACAUAGACCCUUCUAAUCCAGAACUGCAUAGUCAGUUCAUACAACUGAAUGAGGCAUACAGUGUGCUCAGCAGGUUGAGUAGUAGGCACCAGUAUGAUGCCAAAUUGCAACUUCAAAGGCAACAUUUAUCUCAUUCACCUUUCCAACAUCAAGCAGGUAGUGGAACUAAAGAUGAUCCCUUCAUCUACACAGAUCUGAAAUGGCCAAGAACAAGCUAUGAGAAAUCUGAACAGGUGAGAUACUGGGAACAGUUUCGAUAUGCUUCACCUGAAGAAUAUGAUGCCAUGUAUUCAGAAAAAAGAACAAGAAGAAAUAGGAAGCUGGUAGCCUACUGUUUUUUAAUCAUGACAGGCAGUUUGUUAUUCCACUAUAUCAGUUUUAGAAAAUUAGAAGAAGUGCAUUCUGCAUUCAUGGAUGAAAAAGAUCGUGUGAUAGGGGAGCUCUACAAAGAGUCCAAGGAAAGAGCAAGGCUUAAUGGAUUCAAGAAGCAACAAGAGAUUCUUCGACAGAAGCAUACAGAGUUCGUGGAGAAGUACAAGAUGAAGUACACAGGAACAGAUGAAAAAUGAGCUUAAAAAUGAUGAUAAAAAUGCUGAAGCUACAAGCAAUGUAGAUUAUUAAUAAAAUAUAUAAAACAACA